AAGAAGAAGAAGAGAGGAGAAGAAGAAGAAGAAGAAGAAGAAGAAGAAGAAGAACCCGUUGCUUUCUGCAGGCUAAAGCUUACUUUUUUAGGCAAUUUCAUACGAAGUUACUAAAAUAAAGUGAAAAGAAGAUGGGGGGAGAAGAAGGUAUGAGGACUGUGGAGUGCUUGAGAGGAAGGCUUCUUGCUGAGAGACAAGCUUCCAAAUCUGCUAAAGAAGAUGCUCAACUUAUGGAAAGUAAGUUGCUUGAACUUGAGAACAAACUCAAACAAGAGACCAAAUUAAUGAACAAAGCUGAGAGGAGGGUCAAUAUGUUGAAGAAAAAGCUUGAAUCCCUCAAAAUAUUGCCUGAUUUAGAAGAAUCAGAGCGAUCAAGCUCAUCUCAGAGCUCUGCAAUUUCCAGUGUUUCAUCUGCAAGUAGUUCAGGUACUAAACACCCUCCAGAAUCUGCUUCAGAAAUCCCAGAAAUUGUGAAGGAAAAUGCAUCAGACACCAAAUCCGGUACAAAGGAGUCCUCACAUGAAAAAUCGAGCAGUAAAUCAAGUUCAAGCCAUGAAGUUCCUCAGAUUGAACAUACAAGUUCUUCAAGCUUGGAGCCUUCAUCAAUGGAGACAAACAGGACGAAUUACGACGACGACGAAUAUGUCGAUAACUCAUUGGCAUUGGUUCCUUCGGAGCUCCCGGAAACAAAGCCGGCACCUGAGGUACACAUAGUCAGCAAAAGUGUAGGUGAAGUUCUUGAUAGUCUAAGGCCUGCAAGGGAAAGAAUUCAGAGCUCAAUGGGAAGAAGACAAAUGGUUAGAGUCGGACCGUCUUGAAUUCAUCAAAGUAAAACAGCAAUGAUUGUCCCAUUUUUAGAUAAUAAAACAGCCAGAGAACAGAUGUCGUGUUUUCUUGCGUUGGAGCAAAAUGGCAAAGACAGAUUAUAUUUAGUGUAGUGUUAAAGUGCAUGAUAAUGUAAGCUCUGUAGUUGUAUAUUUAUAUUUGCCUUUAAUCAGAUUGUUUUGUUGGUGUUACAAAAGUUUCCCUCCACUAGCAUGUGAUGUGGGGAUGUGACUCCAUUUAGUACAUUGAUUUGGACCCCAAAGUUUUGGCCUCGUCCACUUUUCCAUUUCC